CGACCUUAACAUUUUAGUUACUAUCAAUGUGUAACAAGGAAGUAAAUUUGAAUAUCGAAAGAGAAACUAGACGUUGUAUUUACCGUAGCAACAGAACCAAAGCACGAUGUCUUCACCGAAACAAGUUCCAACUAAGUUUAAUCCAACACUUGGAGAGGGUGUAUAUGAGUAUUUUAUUACGAAUUAUCUAAUACAUUGGUUUCAAGCAAAAACAGUCAAGCCAGACGUUUACAACCGUGCAAUGAAAGAAUUGACGCUUUUGAACAAGAGAAAGGCUAAGCAAGCAAACAAAGAUAAUAUAUCAACUGUUUCAAAACAGAAUAUUGACUCAGAAAGGGAGGAAGUGAAAAAACUUGGAGAGAGACCAUCUUCUGCGAUUGUUACUCGGAGAAAUCCGUCAAAACAAGAACAAGCUUCCGGGUCCCGAAAUAUUCAGCUGGAGAAUGGUCGGUUAAAAAGUGAAAUACAUGCACUAGAAGAACAACUAUCUGAAGUUUAUCUGGAACUUCAGGAUAAAUCUUCACGUCUGAACAGAAUGAAGGAAGACUUAAAAAACAGCGUACAGGAGGUGAACGAUCUCAAAAUAAGGUUAAGCAAGCUUGCCGGUGACAAAUUACGAGACAACAAUCCUGAUCUUGCAGAUUUGAGUGAUACUAACAGGCCAACAGAACUGGGAAAGCGAUUCUCGGAAAUAUAUGACAAUGAAUGGUCGGACGCUUUUGAAAACAUAGAAAAGAAAGAUGAAACGGAGAAGGUCAGGAUUUUACAUGAAGUGGCAGUGAGUGCCUUCAAAUACUGCCAUGGAAUAUUUAGAGGUCAGGUCGAAGAGAUCAGGGGGAUUCUUCUGCAGGAAACAUUGAAUCCAGGCUCGGACGAAAGUAGAAAAACAACUAAAACGGUAAAUAUUCAUAACAACCUCAAGGAGAUGCGAAAGCAGUUUGCACCGAUAACAGCAGUAAAUGUAGCUCAGAAUUUUGUACCAGACCGUCUGGAAGACCUUUUGCAAGGAACUCAAAUUCCACCUGAAGAAAUUACUGACUCGUUGCGAAAAUAUGCCAUGAAAUGUGCUGAGAUAUGUUGGUAUAUGGUCGUUUGUGAUCCGCCCAUGGCACUGUCUGAGGAUAUAAAAGGCAUGAAGUUUAACACCGAUAUAUACAAACCUUACACAAGAUCAAUAAGAGAUGUGAAAACACCCGUUGUAGAACUUCAUGUUUGGCCGGCAUUGCAUCUUCAUGACGGUGGACCACUAGUGGCGAAAGGUGUUGCACAACCAAAUGCGAAGUAACGAUGUACGCAGACUAUAACAUGUUAAUACCAAUUACCUACUUCGCACCAGUAACAAUUACUAUAGUUACAUAGUAUGCUUAAAAACAAUAUAAAGUUUGCAGCAUUGGUACAAAUGCGGUUUUCGCUCUGGUCAUUUUUGUGUUCAUGCGUUUUUCUUUACAUUUUAACUGAAAACGCUGUGUUUUCGGCGUCGGUCAUCAGACUUAAAUGUGGACCAAAAAUUAGAGAGAGUGAGCGAAAGUUUUGUUUUAAUUGUUUUCCCUUAUUUUGACUUUUGAGAGGCGAGUAGAUUUGUCAUGGAGCGAGCAGGAUAUUUUUCAAAUAUAUCGUAUACUUAUUUUAAUGACACAAUUCUAAAUGAGACCAUUGUGUAGCAUAAAAUGUGGUAUAUUUACAGACUUUUUAUAAAGCUGUAUAGUUUUCAAUGUUUAAAUUACAGAUUGAGUGUAUGGAAUCUGCUAAAUAACAUUUGCAUUGAUACUAAUUGUCUCGCUUAUGGUGUACAUAAAUAAAGAUCACUUGUGCGUUUCA